ACAAUAGCAGAUCUACCACGAGAUGCGCGUGAAUUGUUUAUUGUUAUCAAUGGAUUUGAAAUGAGGCGGAAAGUUUGUGGCAAAUUUGAUCCGGUGAAACUGCGCCAGCUUAUCAUGGAUGGGUCAGUUUGA